CAAUUUCUUUAUAAACGUCUAAUUUGUCAAAAUGCGAUACUUCAAACAAAUCAUGGAGUCCGAUAUUAUGGAACGCCACAGCUGUCUCGCCUAUAUACUUUUAUUUUCGUUGUCUGCAUGUCUAUGGUCGUUACGUGGGAUUCGAAUAUCGUUAGGUACAAGCAACAAGUUGUAGAGUGAAAUCUGCAUUGUGUUAUAUAUAGUUCAUCUAUCGUUCUGUACAAACAAAAUUCCGUCUUGUAAAGUUCGCAUUUUGUUUGGUGCAAUUAUCAUUGUAUUAUGUUCAGAAUUAACUUUGCUCUGUACAAAAAAACUUUUUGUUGUGUGCAAAUUACACAUCGUUAUGUGCUUUAGAUAAUGCGUUAUGUAUGUAUGACGAGUUUUGCUGUGCAAUAUACAAAUCGUUAUGUACAUAUUUCAAUUGGUUUUAUCCGAUUUUAUUGUUGUUCUCUACAAAGCGCACUUUGUUCUGUGCAAUACACAUUCCGUUAUGUAGUUACACUGUAGUGUUUAGUACGUUAUCAAAACCGCUCUCUAUGAAAAACAGUUUGUUCGUUGAAAAGUUAAAUUCGUUCUGUAAAUUCGACAAUUCGCUUUGUAAAUCUUAAAGUUGUUCUGUGUUUACAAAUGUUUAUUAUGUGCUUAUGGCAUUUCGCUAUGAACAAGUGUUUUUCGAGUAAGUGAAAAAUUGUUCUGUAUAUUAGACUGGUCGUUUUGUGCAUUUUACCGUUGUUCUAUAUAGACUAUGUUGUUCUAUGUGUGCAACUGUGUAACGUAUCCUUAUCGCAGUUCAUUGUGUACAAUCCUUACCGUUAUCUCGAAAUGACUACACGUUCUGCGAACACAACCAACUGUUCUGCAAAUACUGUAAUGUGUUUUGUACAUACCCAUUAUUUACCUGUAUUUGUUCAUAACCUUCAACCAAAAUAUUAAACAUGGAGGCAAUGGAACGUGUUUUAAGAAGCGUUAACUUGGAUGCACAUUUUUUAAAAUUCAGGAGCGAAAAAAUAACCCCUGACAUAAUUUGUAAACUGACAAGGAAAGACUUUGUUAAUCUUGGAAUUAAUAGCAAUGCAGAUAUGAUGAGAUUACGUGUUGAAUGUAUCCCAUUUGGAAAAAAGAACAAGGUGUUUAAGUUCGAAAUAACAAAGGAUAUGAUUCAUACAUUGUUGGAAUCGGGCUUUACUGUGAAAGAUAUGGCUAAAAUGUUGGAUGUAUCAGAGAGAACAGUGUUUCGCCGAAUGAGUCAGUUCAACAUAUAUGUGCACAGUUUUACUGAUAUUGACAACCAAACGCUUGACAAACAUGUCAGAGAGCUUAUUACCGAGUAUCCUCGCUGCGGAGAGAAAAUGAUAGGACAGAUACUUCGUGUGAGAGGAAUAAAGGUAAAGAGGUCCCACUUAAGAGAACGACUGCACAUUGUCGAUAAAGAAGGGAUUCAAGAGAGACGCCACAGACGUUUGCACAGAAGAAUCUACAACGUGGAGGCCCCAAAUUAUGUAUGGCACAUAGAUAGUAAUCACAAGCUAAUUCGAUGGAGAUUCAUUAUUUCUGGUGGUGUUGAUGGCUUCAGUCGUUUUGUUGUUUUUCUUAAAUGUAUCGAUAACAACAAGUCCAAAACAGUAUACGGCUGCUUUAAGAAAGCUGUAGCAAAAUAUGGGAUUCCAAAGAAAGUUCGAACAGAUCAAGGAAUGGAAAAUCUUGAUAUUGCCAGAUAUAUGCUGGAUAACGGUUAUGGAAUGAUAACUGGCAAAAGCGUUCAUAACCAGCGUGUUGAGAGAAUGUGGAGGGAUGUGUACGAAGAUGUUCUGUCUUACUUCCAUGACCUUUUCUUUUAUAUGGAAGAGGAAAGUAUUCUAGAUCCUCUGGAUGAGCGCCACAUAUACGCACUGCAUUUUGUUUUCCUUUCGAACAUAAACCAUAAACUUGACACGUGGAAUGAGGCGUGGGCAAACCACAGAUUGCGAACUGUUCGUUCUACUCCUAAACGUUUGUUUUAGCAGGAGCAAUAAACAUAAAUACAGACCGUCCUUCUCAAACAGCAGACGAAGCAGAUACCGUAAAUGCUAACCAGCUAUUACAUGAGUCCAGGCCGAUAUUUCAGCAAUCAACAUAUAUUGUUUCUCAACAGUGUCAGCAGGAGUUGGAACAUUUAGAUACAGAUUUUGAGAGUUCUCGAUCCGGAGUCCAGAUUUUCAUUCAAGCUGUACACAUUAUAUUAAGACAUGACAGUUUUACUAACUAAUAGUGUAGAAAUAAAUGUAUGACACUGUU